AUGACAAAAAUAACAAGACUCAAUAUACAUGUAUUUUCUGCUCAAUAUAUUCAAACUGUUAUGCUUGUUGGUCCUCUAAUUAAGUUAUUGAUGCUUGUUGAUGCUGAUGAGAAACCUUCUCUGGGUAUCAUGUAUGAGGGCAUGCAAAGAGCCAAAAUUGCUAUCAAGACAAUGUUUAGAAAUAAGAAAUCUGCAUACACACCUUAUACAAGUAUCUUGAAAAUGCUGUGGGAUAAGCAUUUGAAGCGUGACCUCCAUGCAGCAGCAUACUUUUUGAAUCCAGAUUUCUUCUAUAGUGAGGGGUUUGUUGAGAAGUUGUAUCGAGAUCGAAAAGGAAGUUUUGGAAGGGAAAGUGCAUUGAAAGCAAUUAAGAGACUUGAACCUGGUGAAUGGUGGAGGCUACACGGUGGGAGUGCUCCUAACUUGCAAAAAAUGGCAAUUCGUCUUCUUCAUCAAACAUCUUCAUCAUCCGGCUGUGAGAGGAACUGGAGCCUCUUUGAACAAAUCCAUUCAAAUAGGAGGAACCGAUUAGAGCAUCAAAGGCUGAGUGACAUUGUUUAUGUCACUUAUAAUCUACGCCUUCAAUCUAGAAUGCAUCGCAAGAAGAAGAAUUAUGAUCCAAUUGACAUUCAAAGCAUUGACACAGUAGAUUUUUGGGUAAUGCCGGAUGAAGAUGAUCCUGAAUUUACUAAUGGAGACAUCGAAGGCAUUGAAAAUUUAAUUUAUACGGAUAAUACUAUGCCUUCAUAUCCUAAAGAUGGAGGAGAUGUGGAACUUGAUGUGGAUUUGCCUAAUGUUGCUGAUUCUUCAAAUACAGCUUCUUUUGGUGGUACUUCUGAUGAUGGUGGCUUUGUAUUGCCUGUUUAUGAUGGAGAUGUUGGAACACUUAAUGAUAAUUAUGAUUUUUGA